AUGGCUCACCAAAACAAAACACUUCUUGUCAUUGGUGCUGGUCCAGGCAUUGGCCGAUCCAUCACCACUCUAUUCGCUUCCAAUGGCUACACCAAUGUGGCGCUAUUUGCCAGAAGUGGCAAUGGCCUUGCCGGCGAGCAAAAGGCAGUGGAGGAGUCUAUUGGGAGCAACGGCAAGGUCAAGACGUACCAGGUCGAUGCUGCCGACACCGAAGCUCUAGCCAAGGCUCUCGCCGAGGCGGAUGCCGACUUUGGGAAGCCGGAUUGCAUCUUUUACAAUGCCGCUCGGGUUCGACCUUCGGAACUCUUGACCCAUGAUCUCAAGGAAAUUGAAUAUGACUUCAAAAUCAAUGUUUCCGGACUUUAUACAGUAUCCCAGCAUUACAUGCCUCACCUGCUGGACCUGGCCAAAAAGGACCCCAAGGCCCAGCCUUCUCUCAUUGUGACCAGCUCGUGUCUACCUCUCCAGCCCGUGCCGCAGUUCUUUGCCCUGUCGCUGGUCAAGGCCGCGCAGCGCAACAUGGUGCAGAGCAUGAACAUGACGUAUACCCAGCAGGGCGUCUCGGUCGGUCUCAUCAAUGUCGGCGGGCCGGUCACGGCUGACCACCCGACUCGCAACCCACCCAAUAUUGCCGACAAGAGCUGGGCCUGGUUUAGUCAGUUGAGGGAGAAGCCCUCGUUUGAGGUCCUGAUUGAGUAA